AUGGGUUGCUGUUCAUCUACCAAUGCCAAUGAAACACUUAAUGGAUAUUACGCCGCCACUGCCCAGCAAAGACAAGGAUCUAAACGCAGUUACUCCAGCCGCAUUAGCACUGGCUCCAGUUCAGGAGUAUCGAGUGCAUGCACAUCACCCUCCCGGCGCAGUAUUCUAAGCCGCAGCAGCAGUACCAACUCCUCACCCAAUGGCCCUAAGGCCAAGACCAAGAAUUUCACAUUGACCCACAAGGAUAUACCCAGCAAAGCUUUGGAAAUGUUAUCGAUUUGUGAUGAUUUCGGUGAAGUUGGUCGCCUGCAAAAUAAAUCCUAUGGUUAUUACUCCGAAUCUAGUUCUCCAUCAUCAUCGCCCUCGAAAAAUUGCCUAAGACGUACCCAGGAUACCAGCAGUUUGACAUCGGAAGAACCUGACGUGGCCGUGACACCCACUCCCAGUGAUUUGGAAAUGGAAAUGUACAUGAUGUCCCAUUCGCAAGGAUUAAUGCCCAAGACUUCAUCGCCCAUCUUUCAGCGUCGUGAUGUUACCUAUGAUGCCGUGGCUCAGGCCUCACCACCUUCUCAAUCCUAUCAAAAAUGGUCCAACUAUCUGCAAUCCACUCCAGCCUAUAUGUUACACAAUGUCACCAACAUUCCCGAAGCCAUUGCUGGCCACUUCAGUCCCAUGGAUUUCCCCGGAUUCACCGAUUUGGAAGAUAUGGAAAGUGCCGCAAAGAGAUUCAAAGCUGAUAUCCACAAGUCAGUGGCCUAUGAAAGUGCCGAAGAAGAUGAGGUAUUUUAUCAAAAACAAAUACCCAGACCUUCUAAUCUAACACACACCAUUUCAACGGAACUGUAA